CGAUAGGUGAUUUACCAGCUGGGCUGGGGAAAAACAGUGCAAAGCAGUCCGAGAAAUUGUUGUUUUUGCCAAAAAGAACAAUAUAAUUGUUAUUAAUUUAUAGCCUGCUAUUUUGUUUUGACAUAAAUACCAUGCCGGCCUACCACUCCCAGAUCAAGGAGUUCCCCCAACAAGUGGGCAACAUGGCCAUCCUGCCCCUCCGUACCCAGGUGCGCGGACCAGCGCCCAGUGCCAAUGUGGAGAACGACAUCAUUGAUGAGUCACUAUACUUUUUCAAAGCCAAUGUAUUCUUUCGCACAUACGAAAUCAAAUCGGAGGUGGACCGCGUACUCAUCUACGUGACACUGUACAUAACCGAAUGCCUGAAGCGGCUUAAUCGAUGCACCAGCAAGGGUCAGGGACAGCAGGAGAUGUACAUCCUGGCCAUUUCCAAGUUCGACAUACCCGGCGACGCUGGCUUCCCCUUGAACGCCGUCUAUGCGAAGCCCCAAACGGCCCAGGAUUCGGACCUGAUGCGUCAGUAUCUGUUGCAGCUGCGCCACGAGACCGGCAAUCGUGUGGUGGAGAGGGUCUUUAACACCGAGGAUGGCAAGCCAAACAAGUGGUGGACGUGCUUUGCGAAGAAGAAGUUCAUGGAGAAGAGCCUGGCUGGCCCGGGACAGUAGAGCCGUUCCCGUUCCAUUCCAAUGUCGAAUUGCAUUGAAAAACUGUAUUAACUGCGUCUGCGUCUAUUGAGACGCAGCCACGGCAACGAUGUUUAAUUGGAAAAUCGUUCUAAACAAAGGAUUCUAGUAUAUGUACAACCGACAUUAACGAUAGAGAUGAUCCGCUUGCAGAUUGGACGCAAUCUCAGACUCCCAUUUGUCGCCGUUGCAGAGCAGCUUUUCCUUGUUGUACAGCAACUCCUCGUGCGUCUCUGUGGAGAAUUCGAAAUUGGGUCCCUCGACAAUGGCAUCCACAGGGCAGGCCUCCUGCAAGCAAAAAGUCAAUGAAUCGACUUGAAAUUAUGUAAAAAUUACGACUCCCAUUCCUUACCUGACAAAAGCCACAGUAGAUGCACUUGGUCAUGUCGAUAUCGUAGCGCGUCGUACGUCUGCUGCCAUCGGCAGCGAUCGAUGAUCAGGCCAUACUCCAGUGGCAGCACUACACCAGGAA